GUCUAUGGCUCGAAAAUUUGACAGCUUUCGUAUUGGUGAAGGCGGAAUAGAUUCAUUUCGUUUCUUAUUUUCAUGAUCUAUUACUUUUUAGUGUGUAAUACAUCUUCAAAAUAUGAUGUCCACUACAGAAGGAGAACUAGACAUCGAGGUAUCCCAUGAACGGGAAGAGGGAGAGUUGGAGGAUUCUGAUGUGGAAGAGGGUACUUAUAUACCGUUGACCCGUCCGGAGGCCUUCAACCCGCCUUCUCUGGUUAAUAUGCAAAUACAAGACGAGCAGAGUGACGAGGCGUCGUCUCACGAGUCGACGGCAUCGGACUCGGACGAGGAGCCGCGGCGUCGGCCCAAGCGCACUAAGCUGCGCCUGCGCCGGCCCCAGCCCCAGGGCCAGCCGGACAAAAAAGACAAAUACAACGUUUGGUGCAAGGCUUUGCAGGAAGAUCUGUUAACAGAAGACAUGGUCAGCUGUGAUGUUACAAAAAAAAGUGAUUAUGGUGUUGAAUCUUAUGACUACACAAUUAAGUAUAGAUUAGACGAUAAUUAUAUCUCUAAGAAAGUAUUUACAAAUGAUAAAGACUUAGAUAUUGAUCGCACAUCAAAUAAGCGGAGGCAUGUGGACCGGACCAAUGUUAAGCUGAGGUUAGGCAAACGAUUCAAUGCCCACCAGGAGAUGAGGGCAAAAGAAAAGCCACGGUAUUUGCCAGAUUUAGUGAUGACGUCGCAAGAUCCUAUCGAUCAAAUUGCCAAUGAAAUAGCUGUAAACUUGGAUGAAGAAAAGAAGGAAUUAGUUGUAAGGAUUGUACAAGUAUUAGGUGCACACAAAGCUAUGGAAAUAUACAAAGACACACAGAGGGUUGAAGCGGAUGGUGGGAUGCUUGUUAUGAAUGGUACACGUCGUCGCACGCCAGGCGGUAUUUACUUCUUCCUUCUAAAGCGCGACAACGACGUCUCCCAAGAGAUGGUGAACCAGAUCUUCAUAGAGGACCGCAAAGAGACCGUGCGUAAGAUCAAGAAGUCCAGGGCGAAGACCCGCCAGAAGGUCAUGGAGCAGCUUAAACAGAGUCUCACUGAUUCCGAGCUCCCAUCGUUACUAUCCAGAGGCGAGGCGACCGUCCAAUCUGAACACGGCUCAAACCCGCCGCCGUCGCCCGCCACCGAUGCGCGGGAGUGUUCCAGCGACACCGACGCGCACGACCUUGACGCAGCCUCCCCCGCGCGACCCCUCUCCCCCCUUCCCGACCGGACGGGCCGCAACAUUCAAGAAUACGAAGACGACGACUUCCUCGAAGUCAUGUGCAACGACGAUAUGGACUUGUUCUAAUUGGUGCCCACUUUAACGCUGCUAGUUGGUAAGUCGAACCGUUUCGGAUGAGUGGCCGAUGUACGUCACUGUUAAGGGUUAGUGAAACGCCUGUAUGGACCUAUUCGCGAGGCCUAAGAACUGACUGAUCCAGUCUUAAAUUUUAGAUAGAUUUUCUAAAUCACUGUGACUAAAAUAAAAUUUUGAAAUCGACCCAAAGUUAAACGCGAUAUUGGUGAUGUUAAAAUUAAAACUUGCCAAAAUUCAGAUGUUACAGUCUCGAAUGUUAGCGUUGCAAGCUGCGAUGCCUGUGUAUAAGGCUGAAUGCCCUUACUCUGAAAUCUAAAAUAGUUACCUAGAAUAAGUCUUGAUUUUACACCUUUAUAAAUAAAGGGCUUCUGUAUUUAUUUUAUUAUUUGCGUCAUUUCAUUGCACCCUCCAUAAAAUGAUCAACGUACAGGAACCUAGCACCGAGUGGUGGAUUUUAAAUAGGUAUAGGUUUGUAAAAGCCGUCAAAAAUAAAACCCGUCUUUUGUUUGACUAUCGAGUAAAAUACCAUGUUGGGCGCCACUUUUACAUGUGUGAAAAUACCUGGCAAAGGCCUUAUCGGUCGAUUCGAGCAGUUAAAAUGGGAUGAGCUAUUAAUUUUUAUAGACUAGAUUACAAAAUACGCUCAUAACUUGGCAUAGUGCCUCAAAGCUCUUUUGCAGUGUAUGUAUGUACAUGUGUUUUAUUUUCUUUUAUUACCUCUACUUCAUUUCAGUUAAAAAUAAGCAACUUGUUAUUUCUGUAAAAUAUUUUGUUAUGCACUUACUUGUAUUUAUAUCUUUUUGUUAAUUUAAGUUCACGAUUAGAAAUUGUCUAUUCAAUAGAAUAAGAAAUUGGUAUCACUUGUGCAGUGCAUAAAGUGAUAUUAACAAAUGAGAAAAUCAUGUUAAGUGUGUUCUAUAAGGAUUUCGUAGGAAUGGUCUGAAUGUAUUUUGGCCAGUAUUGGAGAAAUGAAUUUGUCAGGAAUACUUCUAUGUCAAUAUUAUGGUGCCCCAUUUUAAAAAUGUAUAUUUUAAAUCUUGGGCCGUGAAGAUCACGACCUAUAUUAACGAAAUAUACGCACACUGUUACAUACUAUAAAGCGGGAGGGUAUUAAUAUACUUUUGACGAUGCUAUUAGGCAAAUUGCCUAAAGAUCUGUAAGUAUGUUUUGAAUGUUCUUGGUUGAUGCUAUAACCUGGAAGCAAAUAAUCUGUUUAUGUAUUAAGUAAUAUCAUACUUGUCACUAUUACCAUACAUACCAAAGCAUCAAAAUCUCCUGAACUAGGUGGACAGAACACAAACUACUAUAAAACCACUAUUGUUUACACUUUGAUCUCAAAAUGAGGAUUGAAAAGGAAUUGGAAUUCUUACUAUUGGUUAACCACACUGUACACAUUAUUAGAAUGUAAAAGUAGGGAUAAAAAAAUGAACAUAUUGUGAAUCUGUUUACAAUGUAAAUUAACUUGUAAUUUAUAAACAAGAUGAGCGAUUUGUAAAUUGGGCAUUAUGGUGUUCACAUCCGCCUAAAAAUAUUUUUUAUAACUGAAUCCCAACUGUGGGUCAAAUAUCUUUGGCUGUAAAAAUAGCUGUAGUAGUAGACAAUAAUAGCUUACUAUCGUAUGUGAUCGGCGCACCCAGAGCUGUUGGCAGAAGCGAACAUAUUUUAGAAUUUAGCUGAAAUCAAAAUUAUUGCUGAUUGAGGUGUAUUCCUAAAAUUAAAAGAAAAAUAAAAUAUAAAUAGUCCUAAAAAUUUUACUAUAUUUUUUGGCAAAUUAAAUGAUUGGAGUAGGCUGGUUGUUCUUCAGUAUGUGAUUACUAUGCUAUCACAACCUCUUCUAGUGAUUGUAAAACGUAAUUAAUUAGGCACGUGCACAUUUUGUAAAUGAUUUAAUUUAAAGGUAUUUUAUGUUACCAGUGCAUGUUCACACUGUGUGACAUAAUUUUUAAUCGGAACACUUUGACUGUCUUGUCUUGUUGUAUCGACCAUUGUAAAUUAAGUUAUUAAACAAUGUACUAUCUUAUGUAGUUAUAACAAUGAGAGGUGUUAUUUUGCAAAAAUGUAUUACAGAUGUGUUGACUCAUUUAAUUUGUCUAUGUUUAUAAUAUCCGUAUGCAACCUUAUCAAAUGGGAAUAAGUAUGUUCGUUACAUUUAGUAUGAAUGUGUAUACAAUGUCUUAUGAAAGUAAAGCAUAGAUAGCACUUGGUAGAUAUUAUAAGCCUUACAUUUUGUAAGUUUUAAAGACUGUCAGGUCUCCUGGGUCGCGCCAUAACGCCUCAAAAUGUUUCAAGUAU